GUUUAGUAGACAUUCCGAGGUCGGAUCUGUCAGUUGUCAAAAAUCGCCAAAACGUCAAAAGUCAAAAGAUCUAAAAGCAAAUAUCAACAAAACAAUUAUUUUGAUUCCAAUGAUCUAAUCCUGAAUUACAAAAAUGACUGGCAGAGUGAAAUCAAGCACCCCUCGAAUAGAAGUAGAAAUUGAACGCAACCGAGAAGAAGCAAAUUGGUUGAAAGUUAUUGAAUUAGCUGAACAACUCAAGGAAAAGUCUCCUGACUUGGUAUGCCUAUCGGAUUUCCUUAUUGGAGAAGGAAAGUUGGAAAAUUUCUUAGAAGAAUGGCCUCCAGUAGAUACGAACGUAAAUAGGGCCAAGUUGGGGCUACUGGAGGCCAAACGAAGCUUGAGUUUAGUUAUAACAGAUGCGGGUAUAAAGAUCUUUAGAAUGCUGUGUGUAGAUUCUGAAUCAGAGGGCAAUUUGAUGUCAGAUCCCACAAGGGGUCUUGAGCAACACUUCACAAUUUUUAAGAGUCAUAUUACAUUCAGCAUCCCAAAUUAAAUAUAAAUGCUCAUGGAAUGUAAUUUAUAAUCCCAUGAAUAUUUUUGACCUUGACGAAGAAUCAUUGCCUGGGUAUACAUAUAGAAAAUAGGGAAGCAGCUGUGACAAAUUGUCAUAGAUGAUGCUAUGGUAUCUGAUUCUAACGAGGAUAAUUUUUUGGAUGCACAAAUAUAGCAUUAGGCUGGAGUAGCAAUGGAUGCUCACUUACUAUUAGGAAAGUUGCAAUAUGCAUGUGGUCAGUAUGGUGAAGGUUUGAAACAUUUUAAAAUGGCUGAUCUGCAGAAUUUGUCUGAGAAGAAGUUACCAUUGAGGAGUUUGAGAAUAGUGGCAGAAUCUUACGCAAUCAAAGGUUUGUGUCUCCAAAAAGACGAUAGUGCAACAAGCAAAUUCAAGAAAGCCGAAAAAGAAGACGAAAUGGCGAAAUGUUUUGAAUUAGCUUCAGAUCUGAGUUUGCUUUAUAUGCAAAAAGUAGACAAGAUGCAAUCUGCAGCUGCUUCUAACACAGGCAGUCAUUCACCCCAGCCUGCAGCACCACAAAGAUCCUUGGGAGAGGUGUUAGAGCGUGCCCUGGAAUCAGCAUCCCAUGUCUUGCAACGUCAAGGCCGAUGGGACGCUGCAGCGGAACGCAUGCGUGACUCGCUGCGGGCCGUUGAAUCAUCCGGAUCGCACGCGGUCAGGUUGAAAGCGGCGUGUCGAUUGGCGGAAACGUUGCUACAAGCCUUGCCAGGGGACAAGUAUAAGCCCCCGGGCACUGGAGUCGUAGGAAGGGUCACUGCCAGCGCUCCUGGAUCGGCAUGGAGACCUAGAAACUAUGCGGCACAUAACCAGUUUAUACCUCGAAAUGAAUAUGAAGAGACUCUCCUGGUGUUACUUAUUGCCGAAUCCAUUGCUGUUAGGAAUGCGGUCCUGUCCCAGUCUCCCGAAUUCAAGGAUGUGAGGAUAAGCGCUUACAGGGACGCGGAAAUGGUUUAUGAUCUUCUAACUGUAGCUACUGUCAGGUGGAAUCAGAUAGCUCUCCUACAAGAGUCCCUAGAAAGGUCGCUCAAAUUCUCGUUCGAAGAAAUACACCUAUGGAAGCAAUAUGGCUUGAGUUUAAUGGGCAUAGGACAUUUUGAGCAUGCCUUGGCUGUACUCAAAGAAGUCAUCAGAUUGGAACCAAACGACGUUAGCAACUGUCUUUUAGCGGCAAAAAUUUGCUACGAACAUCUUAACUUACCGAAAGAAGGUACGAAUUUUAGUGCUCAGGCUAGAGAAAAGGCCUUAACAUCGCCUACCGGUUUAUUGGGCAGGUGUCAUUUGUACAUCGGUAUUGGUUAUCAUUUACAAACGGAAGCGUGUCAACUUAGGAGAGAAAAAGAUGAGUUUAGAUGUCAGGCGUUGGAUAAUUUCAGAACGGCAAUGGAACUUGAUCCUAAUGAUCAUCUAGCUCGUCACUACCUUGCCCUUCAGCUAGCCUUAACAGGAAAGAUAACUGAGGCUCGUCAGCAAUCUCGGAUGAGCCUAGAUUUACGCCCGGAACAUUCUCCUGCACUGCAUCUUUUAGCCUUAUUAUUGACAGCCGAAAGGAGACAUGCAAGUGCUUUGGCAGUUGUUGAGGAUGCUUUAACAGAUUAUCCAGACAGUUUGAAUCUCAUGUACAUUAAAGCGUACCUGGAGUUACACGAGAAAGGAGCAGAAAAAGCUCUAACGGCUGCCAAGCAGAUGCUGGAGCUGUGGAAAAACUUGUAUGAAGGCCAAAUUGUCUCAGACAUGCCCGAAUGCGAUAGAAAAAGUGAUACUAGGUCCGUCUUCCAAUUGUACACGUCUGAGAUGUCUGAUAAAGAUUCCAGUUCUCUACAUUUCCAUGACACUGCUGCUUCUCGCGUAGAACGCGCCCUCAGCGAGGUUGCCAGUUCGCUGAGCGGUCUCGGUCCUAGGCCCGGACCUAGACGAGCCUGGCAAUUGCAACUGGAAAUUUGGUUGCUUCUGGCUGAAAUGUACGCUGCAGCUGAAAGACUACAGGACGUUGCAGCUUGUAUUUCCGAAGCGGAACAGAUUUAUCCUGCAAGUCAUCAUGUCAUGCAUAUGAAAGGAGUACUUCAUAUGCUCAAGCAAGAAUGGCCAGAUGCAAAGUUAUGCUACCAGAACGCUGUUGGAAUAAAUCCUCUUCACGUGAAGUCAUUGCAAGAAUUAGGACUUGUGUACCACUAUCUAGGACUUCAGGGAUUGGCCGAGACUACUCUCCGAGAGGCGGCCAAGAUUGAGCCGAAAAAUCACGUAACCUGGUACAAUUUGGGCAAAGUAUUGGAAGCACUCGGUGAGUACGAAAAAGCAAGCAGUGCGAUGGCAACAGCCCUUAUGGAGGAGAAAAACAGUCCUAUUCUUCCAUUCAAUUCAGUUCCACUUUGUUUCGAAUAGUGGUUUAUCUUAACAUGGCAUUUAAUAUUGUUGAAUUGGCAUUUAAUAUUGUUAGCCUUUACAUAUGACAACUCUUUUAUUGAUGUUUUGGUGAGGGAGGAUAAUUGUGUAAUAUUUGAUCUUUGAAUCACUGUUCUUCCUGAAAUGAAACCUUUUAGAUUAGUUUCUCAUGAUAGUUACCCAAUAUUUACAAAUAACGGUUAAGUAAAUUCAUUGUGAAGUAGAUCUUUACGAAUAAUUACGUUGUUCUAAGAAUUCCAAACCAUAAACAUGUCUUUUUAGUGAACAGUUCGAUUUGUUAAAUAUUUUGGUCCCUAACGGUAACUAAAUUGACCAGUGCAUGGUGUGGUGGUUAUUAUUAUUGGCAAUAAAUCCCUAACAUGUGAAUACCUUAUAGUAUAAUCAUAUUAACAAAUUUUCUCAAAAUAAUUGUAAAGUUUGGUUUUAUUGGUGCAAGUUGUUCAAGGGGGUAUUUAAAACAUGGACGCAUAAAAUGGGUACACCAAUUUUUGCGAGAAAAUUUUUUAUUUGACAAAGAAUGAGAAAACGUGUUUUUUGGCGAUUCAAUCGAAAGUGUUGACAGGAACGAAAAACUGUUUAUAUAAGGUUUUUAGGUAUUUAUGAGAGCUACAGAGUCCACAAAAAUCUUAUAUGAAGAGUUUUUUCGUUCUUGCCACCACUUUCGAUUGAAUCCCAAAAAAUACGUUUGCUCAUUCUUUGUUGUCGAAUAAAUAGUUUUCCGACAAAAAUUAGUGUACCCAUUUUAUGCGUCCAUGUUUUAAAUACCCCCUUGAACAACUUGCAGCAAUAAAACCAGAUUUUACAGUUAUUUCGCAAAACAGGGGUGUUUUCGUGUAAUAUCACUUGACCUCCAUAAGACACAUACUGAAUAAAAUUGGUUAUUUCCAUCAAAUAAAGGGUUGUGAAAGCAACCAUGUUGUCAACUAUAAAAAUAAUUAUUUAUUUAUUUAUUUGGAUGACAACGAGUCAUCUAUAUGUUUUUAACAUAGCCCUAAUCAAGAAAAAAUCGUAUACAUUUUAAAAGCAGCAUUUUUAUCUAAAUAAAUUAUUACUCAGUGUCAGCGAAAAACUCUCGUUUCAUGUUGACAAAGGUGUUGUGUUACUAGGCUAUUACUGGUGAUAUAAUGGUUACUUAUUCUAUAUUAUAAGAUUUUUGUUAUUUAUGUACAGAUGUUUUUAAUAAUUUAUAUUUUAUGUUGAAUAUAUUUUUUGUCAUUUUUGUUGCA